GUGGGUUAGCCGCGGCUAACAGAGAUUUUUCCUCCCAUGUGAAUCAUUCUGUGUAAAAGCCAAACCACCGCUGCCUCCUGGAAGAAGGCUGAUGGCUGGACUGUGUGUGUAUAUGUGUGUGUGUUUGGGCUGUGAUUGUAUUAUCUGAAUGCAACAGGGAGGAGUGAACUGAAUAAGAGAGAGGAAGAAGAACGGGUUGGCACACAGAACCAUGUCUCUGACUCCGAGCGCAUCUGCCAGCCUGCAGCCCGCAAAGAUGAGAAAAGACGAGUCCUUUCUGGGGAAAUUAGGAGGGACGCUGGUCCGGAAGAAACGGGCUAAAGAAGUGAGUGAUCUCCACGAGGAGGGGAAGAAUGCUAUCAAUGCACCUCUGCUUCCUUCAGCAACUGAAAUCCAUCCAGAGGACACUCUGCUAGAAGAAAAUGCUGAAAGGAUCAUGCUGGACCCCACGUCUCGGGAGAAUCCCAUAUUUAUAGAUCUUGUGAAGGUACUGAUUGACUGGAUCAACAGCGAGUUGGAGGAGGAGAGGAUCAUAGUAAAGGACCUGGAGGAGGACUGUUACGAUGGACAAGUACUACAGAAGUUAUUUGAGAAGUUGUCGGGUCGGAAGCUGAACGUAGCAGAGGUUACCCAGUCGGAGAUUGGACAGAAGCAGAAGCUUCAUACAGUUCUGGAGGCCGUCAACAAUACGUUAAGGCCUCACGGCUGGAUGGUUGAGUGGAGUGUGGAUUCAAUCCAUUCAAAAAACCUGGUGGCUAUCGUGUACCUGCUGGUUGCUCUCGCUAUGCACUUCCAGGCUCCCAUCAGACUACCUGAGCAUGUGUCUGUACAGUUGGUGGUGGUUAAGAAGAGAGAAGGCAUCCUGCAGACCGCCGUAGUGACCAAAGAGUUGACCAGCACUACAGAAAUGAUGAUGGGGAGAUUUGAGAGGGAUGCGUUUGAUACUUUGUUGGAUCAUGCUCCUGACAAGCUCAAUGUUGUAAAAACGUCCCUCAUCACCUUUGUUAACAAACACCUGAACAAGCUGAACCUGGAGGUUACUGAGCUAGAAUCUCAGUUUGCCGAUGGAGUGUACCUGAUUUUGCUGAUGGGACUGCUGGAAGGCUAUUUUGUCCCACUGUACAAUUUCUUUCUCACCCCUGAAAGCUUUGAGCAGAAGGUCCACAAUGUGGCGUUUGCUUUUGAGCUGAUGCAGGACGGAGGCCUGAAGAAACCAAAGGCAAGACCAGAAGAUGUCGUCAACUUGAACCUUAAAUCCACUCUCAGAGUCCUCUACAACCUGUUCACCAACUACAAGAACUCGGACUGAGUCUGUUUCCCUUACAUUACUCUGAACACAGAGUAACUCUGAACACACUGUAAUGAUGUUAGCUCAGGCUAACAUCAUUACAGUGUGGACACUGGAGGAGACCACCUGGGACUGAGAGACAUCAUCAUUAUCUGCAACCCAAAAACCCCCAAGAGGACAGGACAAAAUAAAGCUCAGAACGUUCUUCUUUAAUCAUCCCUAAAUGUCACUUUUUAUUUAUUCCAUCCUCGAAUGUUAUCUGCAACGCAAGAAGCAGCGUGACCUUUAGCUUUGCAUUUCAAUACAGCCAUCACGGAAAAAUUAUGACGUUGGAAAACAUUUGUAUUAAAGUGAGCUAAUUACCUUCAGUGUCAAAUAUUCUUCAGAUAUUUUCAAAUGUGUCAGAAUUCUUUAGCUUGUCAAUGCAUUUUUAAUAAGUCUAAAUAAAAUUUACAUUUUAGAUAGAAAUGCUUUUUUUGUUGCAAAAAAGCCAGAAGCUGGUUAGAACUGCUUGUUAUAUUUUAUCUUUUCAGGUACUUGUUUGGCAUAUGCAAAAAUCAAACCGCUACCAUAACUCUGAGAGAUGUACGAGAUACAAUGCAGUUUGUUGAAAACUUGUAUGUUGUAAAAUUAAAUGAAUGUAAUAAUUUUCAUUUCAAACUCAAAUUUAAUUUAAAAUAGAAAAAAACACGACAAAUAAACUGAUUAAACUUG